GUGUUUUAAUCUUUGUCUGAUGAUGGUACGUUGUACCGAAACGGCCGUCACAAUUAUAACAAUAUAUCCAGUGUUUCUUGUAAACGUAAUUUAUUAUUUUUAUUUUUAUUCAAUGAAGACUUGAAGAGAAAGAGAAACGUACCUAAAUGUCAUCAUGUCGACAUCUAUGUUCUACACAUCGAACUACCUUCAUUCAUGUUUGAUGUUCAUCAGUUAUCAGUUUACAUUGUAUUGUUUACAUCUCAAACUAGUGCGAGUUCCUUUGAAACUAUAGGAUCUUUGGACUUUUUGAACGUAUGCAAUUUUCUAAAAUGUUAAUUAACUGAAUAGGCAAGUUUUUAUUCACUGCAAAAUCGUUUAAUUGUAAUAAUUCGGGGACGUUUUGUCGAAGUGUACGUAUUGUUUACAUGAUACAUAAUAUGAUAAGAGAAUUUGUUAUUGACGGAUAAUUUACGCGGUGUGUGAAUUCUCGUCACAUAAGCAUACUCAUUUAAAGUGGAAGGUGAAAGAGCUCUGUUUCUUUUUUUUAUCGUCGAUUCAUCCGAAAAUAUUCGAAUAUUAAUUCAUUUUAGAUAACAAAUAGUGAGCCGACAGUAACUGAUCCAUAAAAGUAACCCGUUUACUGGAUAAAUACGCCGGAAAUUGUGCGCUGACGUCAUCUUGACCGUAAAACAGUUGCGCCACUCCGGCCACUCGCUGCCAGUGUUGUUUAAAAACUACGUUAGUGCAAUUUUAGUUUCCACCUUUCCAGCGUCCCUGAUAAAAUGACAGAGCAACUUUGCAAAGAUUGUGACCAAAUCGUGGGCUGUCUGCUCGCUGCGAGUCAGGCCAUGGUGCAUAAAAUGGCAGAAAAACUGUGUGGAAAGUGUACCCAGGCUGUGGAAAUCACAAAUAUCUGCUGCAAUGAACGGAAAUCCAAUACGUCGAGCAACUCGGGUAAACAAAAUCAAGAAAUGGAAUUUGAUGAAGACUGGAUUGUGAAAAUGUCGCGAUUGCUGGAUUCGAAACUGAAACCGGUUAUGGCUCAGCUCGAUGAAAUUCGUGCCAAAGUGCAGGAUCACGCGCAAAGUUUGGCUCCUCUUUCUGAAUGUUUCGAAAAACUCAACUUGGAAGGUAACGGCGCCGGGGCCGGCGAUGUCUCAGCAAGCUAUGUGAGAGUCGGGCUCGCGAAUGAAACUGAUCGUAUUCGUAAGAAGAACAGAGAGAUACUACUCAAAGCUGCCAAAGCGUGGGAUUCCGAUUCAGCUGCUUGUAGAUGCGUAGUUGAUCCUGAAGCCAAAAAAGCCAAGUAUCAACCGCAGAAUAUUUGGCGUGGAGUGUUGGAAUAUAACGACAAGCAAGCUAAGGGUGCCUCCGAAGCCCUCGAGUUAGUUCCAUGCUUUAUUACCCCAAAUGCCCAAGAUGGGAAACCGGAAGUAAAAGUUGACAAUUGGUCAUCGAAAUUAGUCAUGCAGCUUUUGCCCAGAGCAUUUCUAAGUAACAUAAGAGGUUAUUUGAAGAAUUCUACGUCCGUGUUAUUUCAUCCUUCUCUUUCUCCUUGUCCAGUUUCAGAUGCAUUAACCAAAGUGAUGAGUGGUGACUUUGUUGGUUGCGUACAGUUCAACAAUUCCAAUUCUCCAGAAUUGAAAGUGCUUAUUUUACUGUAUUCGUCGGAUAAAAAAGUGUUCGUCGGUGUAAUUGCAAAUGAUCAGGCGGGGUUAAAAGAUCGACUUCGUUUGGAGGGCUGUCCUCUAGGCUCGGGUAUAACCGGAUCACAAACACCAGUUCCGGGUGAUAAUGUUCUAAGACAGCUUGGACUUGUGGGCGAAGGUAUGAUGCCGGUUGGCAAUACGAAUAAUCCGAUAAAUGGGCAACAAUCUCAUAUGGGAGGGCUCGUGGCGGGAGGUUCACUUUCGCAAAUGAUAAAGAACCGGCAAUCCGUCUUACAGCAGAAUGUCAACCUGAUGAACGCAGUUCAAGCUGCAGGGGUUGCCUAUAUGAAAAAGCCAAGUGACCAAAUGAACGUACUUCAAGGUUCGAUAGGUCCGACGAUGGUUGCUGGAAAAAUUAAUAGUAGCAGCGUAACAAAUAGUCCGAUAAAGUUGUCUAUAAAAAAGUCUGGGAACACGAAGCACUAUCUUUCUCCCUCUCUAGACCAUAACUUCAAACUAGACACUCUCCGAUUCCAGCAGCGGGCGAAACCAACUCAAUCGCAAUUGAUUCAAUAUCUGCUAAAUGAUGCACAAUCACAAGAUUCAACUUGCCCACCAGUCGACUCCACGCUCAGUCCUGUUGGCAUUCUUGACGCAAAACCGACUGGACAACCGCAAGAUCCAAUUGGCUUCAGUUCUGGUAUUCUUCUUAACGGUUCUGUAAUGGAGAUGCCAUCUCGACUACAGGAAAACAUGUCCGGAAUUAAUCAGUUCGGACUAGCGUCGGCUGAGGUUAAGCAAGAAAAGAUGGAAUCACAGCAAUCUCAGAUUGAAGACGACUUCGAAUUGAUAUAAAAUAAGAGGAAAAUACUCUAACGCGCAUAUUCGUUACAUUUUUUGUCGAAUGCGUAGUUUUUCCAUACCCUGUACCUACCUAUAUUAAUUUUUCAAUACAUUUCAAAACUAUCGUAA